GAGUUGAUUCUGUUGCUCAAUCCACUCCUUCUAUAUAAAGUGACAAGUAAACGUUGGGACAGUUAGUCUCUGUGAACCUCGUCUAGAACACCAGGACCUUUUAGGGUCACACACUUUGAAAAGAUGCAUCCAUUACUGUUUCUCAGUAUUCUUCUUUUUGGCACAUCCUUGGCCAGCUCCCCAGCUGAGAACUGCUGUGAAGAGCUGAAGCAGUUGAAAGAACAUCUGCGUAAAGUGGAAGAGAAGGUGGAUGGUGUUAUAAAUGAUUUUAUGACUGUCCACAGAGCUCGGUCUUUUUCAACUGGCAGUGAAAGGUUAUACACCACCAAUGAACAAGAAGGGAACUUUGAAAUGGCAAGUGCCACGUGCAUCCAAGCUGGAGGUCGUAUUCCUUCUCCGAAGAAAGAGGGAGAGAAUAAAUUCCUGCAGGAAGUUGUACAGCGGCGUAACAAACCAGCUUUUCUUGUUGGGCAUAAGGGAGAGGGUUACACAAACUGGGCAGAUGGAGAACCAAACAAUGCUGAUGGGACAAAGAACUGUGCAGAAAUUGAUAUUGAUGGCAAGUGGCAUGCUGCAUCUUGUGAACAGGCACACCUGAUUGUUUGUGAAUUUGCUUUUAUCCCCUGAUUUUGUUUAGGGCCAAACCCAAUGCAUUGUAAUUGAACAGCAUGUAUUUUAUUGAUGCAAACGCUUAUUUAGUAGAUGACUCUCAGGCAACUUACCUUGCAGGGCUGUUGUGAAGAUGACAUUGAAUAAUACCAUGUGUGUUUCUCGUUGAAAAGAGGGGAUAUACGUGUCACAAACCAGUCAUUUCAAUUUCUGUGGUUUGUUUCAUGCAUUUUAGUAGCCAAUCGCAUAUAGAAAAAGUGCUUCUUCUUGAAAUGCCCAGGGUUUUUUGUGCUUUGAAAAUAAAUAGGCAUCCUUCCAAGGGCUAAA